GUGUCGGUUUGAAUAUGAAUCUUUUAAGUCUUCCAGAUGAAAUAUUUUGCCAGAUUUGCAACCAUUUAAAUAUCUUUGAUUUCCUUUCACUUGUCAAGAUUCCAGAAUUUGGUUUGAGGGCUCAAAAAUUUUACAGAUUUUAUUAUGAUGGAUCACACAGGGAAUGUAAACGAUUUGGUGAACAGGAAUUGAAAAAACGACAUUCACUUGAAGCAUAUCCGUAGCAUGAAUAUAUCAAGAUUAGUGAUUCUGAUGUUUUGGCUGUACAUUUGUUGUUUGGUGAUCCUAAAGACAGGAUAAUAAGUAAGGUGAUGGAAAUUGCCAAAAGAGUUCCCAAUAAAAUCACAUCUUUAGCAAUUGAUGGUUGGGACUCAAUACAGCAUAUAGACGCCCCUAGCUUUGGUGACUCCACUCACAUGCUCGUGGGAAAAUCACAUCGUCGCUUAAUCAAAAAUCUUUUUGCAAGUCCUUUGACCAAAUCAACAAGCUUCUCACUUGAAGAUAUACAUUUAUUUGAUCAAGAUUUAGACUUGGAAAAACUAGAUUUUCCAAACGUGAGCAGUGUAAAGCUCCACAAUUGUGGUGCUAUUAAUAAGUUUUCAAAAUUUAAAAGACCAUGUGUUAAAUAUAUCCAAGUGUUUUGUGAGGACCGUCAUGUAUCAAUAUUGAAUAGCCUUGCAUUUGAGGAAUAUAAUUUUUUGAAAAAAAAUUGAAGCAAGAAUCGAUAAUGAUGAAGAAAAUGAAGGUACCGUCAUAAUUGAGAACCUCAAAUUUAAGAAUUCUGAGGAUGCGAAAUUUUCAAUUCGUUCCAAGACUUGUGAAGGAACAUUACAAAACAUUUCAUUUGGGAAUCUCAAACAUUUAAAAGUGGAAAACAUUAAAUCAUUCAUCAAUAUUGUUGCCCCAAAUCUCAUAGAUUUAGAGCUUAUAUUCAGUGGAGAAUCAA